AUGCCUGGGCCGCCUUCACCGCCAUCCGCCAGGUGCUCUCGUUCCCUAUACAGAAUGACAGUUUUUGUGCAACCCAUCUCCGUCAGUCGUGCUCGUGCGCACCGCAGUCUUCUCUCGAGAAGGUGGGGCUGUGUUCCGCUUUGUGCCAAGAAUAAGCGCCCCGCACGAGUUUGUAUUGUCUCACAAGUAUCCUCAAACGCACGUGGAGAUAGAGCUAAGGCCUUCAACCUUAUUCGACUUAUGGCUUGUGACAUGGAUGGUACAAUACUCAACGCCAGCACUGACAUAUCGGAGCGUAAUAAGCAAGCUGUGAGAAGGCUCCUAGAUGAGACGGACGUUAUGUUUGUACCGGCGACUGGAAAGUCUCGAGCAGGUGCUCUCAAAUCCAUGGCCGACGUCGGUGACUAUCUCAACGACAGGAAUCCUGGCGGAUGCCCUGGUGUCUAUUUACAAGGGCUUAUUGUUUUUGGGGAGAAUGGUGAUGUCGUGUAUGAGAACAAGUGUGCGGACAUGUUGGCGCAGAGAACUGUCGAUAUCGCGAAAGAACUUGGCCUGUCACUGAUUGCGUACAGCAGGGAUGAUAUUUUAUGCGAGAGAACAGACAAGUUUGUGGAUUUGAUACCGAGUUAUAAGGAACCUUCCCCACUUGCGAUUGGCGACUGGGGCGAUGCGAUAGGCAAGCGACCGUUGAACAAGUUUAUCUAUAUGGCAGAGCCGUCGCAUAUCGAUGAGAUACGGCCAAUCGUGGCCGAGCGUAUUGGAAAUCUGGGUCAUUUGACACAAGCACAAAGCAACAUGCUGGAGGUGUUGCCACCCAACGCUUCAAAAGGAAACGGCGUGAGGCGCCUCUUGAACAGUCUGCAAAUCGCCCCGGAACAUGUGAUGGCAAUCGGGGAUGCCGAAAAUGACCUCGAGAUGCUCGAAAUGGUAGGUUUCUCUUGUGCAGUUGCGAAUGCGCUGCCAUCCGUAAAGAAGGUUGCCAAAUACACAGAUUUCAGUAGCAACGUCGACGACGGAGUUGCGGAGGCUAUCGAGCAGUUUUUCCUUUCAAGAGUUAACGUGCCAAGAUAGUUGAUGUUGAAAAUGGGCAACAUUUGACGGCCGCUUCGGAUGGCCGGGUUAGAUCUGAAUUCAAUCACUCGAUGCUGAAUGUACCAUUUUUUGAAGUCAAUGCGUAUUUCCUUAAUUGACAGACCGACAUAAAUAUUGCGGUAUCUAUGCUAA